GCGAAAGAGGAACUUUUGUUGCCUUCGUCGCCGAAUAAGGUUCUUUAAAAACGCGACCGAAAACCGGACCUCAUUGCAUUUGUGUGUGUGUGUGAUUAAUCUACUAUCCCUGGACUGAGUCAGGCGGAAAGCCGAGCUGCUGCAGCGGCGUAUGCUUGGGAUCUGGAGCGCACUUUGGAAGUUACCUGCACCCCGAGAACCGACCUUGGGCUUGUGAGAGGCCCGAGCUGCGCACCUGUACCCCGGGAAAGGCUCCCAUUGAUCCCUGUACCCCGGGAGAGGCUCCCACUGAUCCCUGUACCCCGGGAGAGGCUCCCAUUAACCUGUACCCCGGGAGAGGCUCCCAUUAAUCCCUGUACCCCGGGAGAGGCUCCCAUUGAUCCCUGUACCCCGGGAAAGGCUCCCAUUGAUCCCUGUACCCCGGGAGAGGCUCCCAUUAAUCCCUGUACCCCGGGAAAGGCUCCCAUUGAUCCCUGUACCCCGGGAGAGGCUCCCAUUGAUCCUUGUACCCCGGGAAAGGCUCCCAUUGAUCCCUGGACUCCUAGAACGGACUCUGACACCGGACUCGGACUCGCAGUGAGUUCCUACAACGGACUCUGGUUGCCUGAUGCGAACCACAGCCAACUCUGCCUGCCUGCACUCCUCUAUAAUCUUUGGUCCUGACCAGCUGGGCAUUUGGCGUGAAUCGGUGCUGAUCUAGCCCCUGUCGCUUCAUGGCUUGGUGAGGCUUUCCAAAUCACUGCUGCCCUGUCACAAGAAACGACACAGAUUUAUUGCUCGGAUUCGGAAGUACUUCAGGAGAACCAGAAUGUCAAAUAUGGAAUUAGUGUUAAAUGACAAAUUGCCCGGAGCCAUGGAUUCUCCGGUUCAAGGCCAGGCUGGCUGCAAUACAGCAGAUAGCCAAGAUGGACCAAAUAACGUGAAGCAAAGCAGCAAGAAAACAUCACCAGAGACCAGCAGUCCCAAAGUUAAGGUGCUUGAUACAAGUCCAAAAGAACAGUUUGGAAUAUUAAGAAACAUUUACAGAUUAAGUAAAAGAAAAUUAAGCUUCUCGCCUUCAAAAAGCUCAGACAAGGAUAAACCAUCGGUUAUGUCAAACGAGAGCACAGCAAAUAACUCACAGAUGGGAAUCAGAGAAGAGGAAGCCAUGUGCAUUGCAGUGAAAGACCAAGACGAUAAGGCAACUGAGAACACAAUUGCACCGUUGUCAGUAAUGGAAAUAAACCAGUUAAUAACCAAUAAAUUGUUUCUGGAGGCCAAUGAAAAUAUAAAUAAAUUGGAAAAGGAGUUGCUCAAUGAGAGAAAGCUUGCAAAAGAUGAAGAAUGCCACCAAAAAAACAUGGUCAAAGUUCGAGAUCUUCAUCUGCUUCUUGACGCACUUGUUGAACAAAUAACGUCCAUAAUUGCCAAUUCCCUCACUACGCCCGAAGAAAAUAGCAGCCAUCUGCGUUCAGCAAUUAACGUUAUUGAUAUGGAUGAAGCAGCAGAAAAAGAGUGGCAAGAGGCAAUGAAUCCUUCUGAUGCUGAGAGUUUCAGAAGACCCAGAAAGUGGAAAGAAUUGUGGGCAGAGACAGUAACCAAAAGUGUAAAGGAACGGAUAUCAAACCUGCCCUUCGUUGCGAAGGAGCAGAAGGCUUCAUGGAUGGCACUGCACUUAUUAGACCUUCAACAAACCAUUGUGGAGGAUUUGAAAACUGUCAAAAACUUUACCCAAAAGAGUUAUCCGGGAAGUUACAAUAUUUUUAAUGUGUACCUGAAAUACUAUCACCAAACUGUAUCUUCUCACUUGGAAUGUAUCCAACAAAAACAGCUCGAAUCUAAUGAUCUUUAUGCACUGCUCAACUGGAUUAUUCACACCUACAAAAGUGGGGAUGUUAUGAACCAUCCUGAUCUUUUACCAGAGGUAAACGUAGAAGAACUGGGACCACUGUUGGACCAAGGGAUUAUAAAGAAUAUCAUGGACAAAUACACUGAAGCUUUAAAGUUAAAAGUUCCAACAUGGAUGAUAAAUACAUUGAAGGAAGACAAAUCAAAAUGGUCAGAAUCUGCAUAUGAACCAGAAAUAAUGAUGGGUUGUUAUCGUUCUCAUGUUGCCUCUGAUAUAUGUGAGAUGAUUGCAUCUCAUUUGAACGAAUCAGGCAAGAUCAGCAAGGAUCUGAAGAAGAGUGUUUUAUGUUACUGCUUGGAAGAAUUAACAAAUUUUAUACACUGCUACCAACAAGACCUGAAGGUCAGAAAACAGAGUGCUUCAAACCCAUUACCUCUCCUGGUUGUCAGUAUCAACAGCUACACUGCCCUCGAGGAAUUCAUGAAGACUCUUAAACAAGAUAAUGACGCUCAUUUCGAAAAAGUGGAGAAGACACUAAAGAAUUCAGUGCAGGAACUCAACAAAAUUCUCUCAGAUGACCUUCUGCUUCAAGCAUUGCCUUGUUUUAAGAAGCUCAUGACAAGGAAGUGGUUAACCUGCAGUGAAGAUUUUAAUCAGCUAAUAAGAAAGACUGAAAUAUAUUGCAAAGACUUCAAGAAAAUGAAGCAGGCCAAUUGCCAGGUGCUGGUUUCUGAUCUCCACUAUCAGUUUGUUAAAACAUACAUUAUACAAAUGAUGAAAAUGAACAUCAGCUGGAAAUUACCUGCAAGACGUGUCACAGCAGCAAAUAAGAUAAAAGAAGAACUGGGAAGAAUAAGUAAGAUGUAUCAAGAAUUUGGUACAACUGCCUCAUGGCUUUUUCCAGUAACCCAACAUUUGUUUGAGUUUAUUAAUGCAAAUGAUACCGAUCUUGAAUCAAAGCUGAUUGCAUUAUACAAGGACUAUCCUGAUAUUGGUGAGGAGCAUAUUUCAGCCCUUCUUUACUUCCGUGGGAUUUCAAGAGGAAGAAAGAAAAGCAAAUUAAUGAAACAUUUCAGUCAACUGGAGGAAACUAUGAAAGAGCCAAUAAAAACUAGCCACCCCUUUCUUUUUGCCGAUAUAAAAACUGGACCAGUGACCUGUUUGCCAUCAUUUUAAUUUGCUUUAAAUUUCAUGUUUCGAGUUGCUGCUGCACAGGUUUGUAGGCUGAUUGUCUUGGUAAAAAAAAUUGUGAAUUGUCAUGUCAUAAGUGAUUGGAGUAGAACUAAUCCAUUCGGCCCAUCAUGACUGAUCUAUCUCUUCCUCCCUCCUAACCCCAUAGUAUUCCCAUGUGUGUGUAGGAUAGAGUUAGUAUUCAUGCAUUGCUGGUCAGCACGUGCUCUGUGGGCCGACCAGCGAUUUGAAACACUGACUUGGUACACGGGACAAUGAACUAAACUGAACUGACCAAGUAAAUGACUCCAAUCACUUCAGCUUCAUGAUCAGAAAAAUGUUAAUUUACAACACGUUAUUACUAACGACAUUGUAGUUAGAAGCCGAUGUGUAAAAUAAAUCUACAGAUCGAAAACA